GGUGUAGUUUUGUGAAAAGUCUUGAUCUUUAGUUUAUUUUUGCCUAGAUUUUGUUAAGUUGACCAUUUUUUAUGCUUAGUCGUUGGAGUUUGUGUUCUUUUGGGAAUUGGAAGAGUAUGAAAUUUAAUUCAUUUGGUUGAUAAAUUGCAGAUUAGAGAGAGGGAAUCAGCAUGAAUUAUGCGAGCGAACCUUGUUAAUUUAUAUAACUUUUGCAUUGGUUAUUUAAGGUUCACCAACUGAAGAAGAUUCGAUUGGAAAUUGCAAACACAAUUUACUGGGGAAAAUGAGGGACUAACAAUGUUAAGUUAAAAAUUUAUUUACAGUGGCUGCAUAAAUCUCAACGAUUAAUUUUGGUGACUACAUUUGGCUCAGUGGUGAUACAGCUGAGGAGGGGGGGUGUCAUUUGUAAUAACCUUUUAGUGCAAGAAUGUCCUAUAUUUGUAUUUUGGUUGCUAGCAUAUUUUUCUGUUAUUGUUUUAGUGUUUAUUAUGUUAGAUGGUGUUACUUGGCAUGUCAUCCUCGCUUAUGGCUCCGAGUAGAACAAUCUGCCAAAGAUUUAUCAGAGCCUGGAGUUUUCCCCAGCAUUGAGAAGGCUGUCUCUGCUGCUAGGCCCGGUGACACCAUUCUAAUUGCAGCAGGUGGGAGGCAUCUUGCCUCUAAUAUUCAAAUAAACAAACCUCUUUGCCUGAUUGGUGGUGGUGAGCUUCCUGAUGAAACAACUCUCUUAUGUUCUCGAGGUUCAGACAGUGCACUGGAGUUCAUAUCUACCUGCAAACUAGCAAACCUAACAGUGAAGGCAGAGCUUGGUUGCUGCUUGCUUCACAAAAGUGGAAGGCUAACCAUUGACAGUUGCAUACUUCAAUGUGAGGCAAGCCCUUUGGACUAUCUCUCGUGCCCCAUCAUCAGUACAGCAGGGGGGAAUGAGGUGGUGUCUUCCGCAGUGAAAACCAAAGGUAAUAGAGUUUCUGUUUCCCAAACCAGGAUUGAAGGAGGUGCCAAAGCUGUUCUGACAAGUGGGGACCUGACAUUGCAGCAAGUUCGAGUCAUUUAUGCUCGAACUUCUGUUUAUUUCUGGUUUGAUGUGGAUUCUCAGUGAUGAUCAAUUCUUCAUCACGAGCUUGUCUGUGCCAUAAUGAAACUAGUUACAUUAUUGUUUCUCACUGCUGUAUUGAUUCCCAAUUUAGAUAAUUUAAUCGAAUAACACGCUUUCUAGCUUUCUUUGCAUAAUUGCCAGUACACUUGCCCUCCUGUAAUUUCACUUAAUAUGAAAAAAAACUUGUUCGGUCCUUCUCUAUAAUUUGACAAGUUUAUUUAUUCCUUGCUUA